GGGAUAUAGAAGAAGAAUGCGUUUCUUAUAAAUAUGUAGACAUGCAUGCCUCAAUCAACGAGUUAUACUAUCAAAGGAAUAGAGGAGCAGCAGUUUCAUAUCCACAAUGCGUUGGCUCAAACCAGAGGUGUACCCACUGCUAGGUGCCAUGACCUUCGUCACCAGCAUGUGUUUGUUUCAACUCACUCGUAACGUCUUCAUGAACCCUGAUGUCAGAAUCAACAAGGAUCACAGGAAGACGUCAGUUCUUGAGAACUAUGAAGAAGGAGAGAAAUAUGCCGAGCACAGACUCCGUCAAUUCCUUCGGACACGGCCGCCGGAGAUCAUGCCUACCAUCAAUCGUUUCUUCAGUGGAACCGCCAAAGAGAAUUAAUCCGACAUAUGUGAGACGUAUAUAGUAUGGGUUACACUAGCCGCCUGCGUGUUUUAUAUCUUUCAUGUACGUGUUGACUUGAAUGAUCGUCGGAUUCAAAUAAGCUUUGCGAAGUUUAGAGCCAUCAGUCUUGAGUGCCUGCGAGGAAACUGCAGUAAAAUUAUUGCUUAGAAAAAGAUUGAGUUUCACAUUUGAGUAGACCUAUGUAUAUCAUUCAAGUUGUUGCAUAUGUCACCGUUUGCAAUGUUAUCGACCUCUCAGCCGUAGAUCACUUAAGCU